AUGGCAAGCGAACACCCGAGCCCGCGAUCGGGCAGCCGUCCCAUCUCGCGCACCUCCUCCGCCGCGACCUCGACCCGCAGCCCCGCGCGCGAGUCCUUCCCCGGCAUAACCACGAUCCCCUCGCGCGCGCUGGCGCAGGCGCGCCCCUCGCCCGUAGGCACCGCCAACUCAGACCCCACAGCCUACGCAUCAGGCAUCCGCCGCCGCGGCACCAACGCGACCCUCUUCCGCCCGUACGACGACUUCGACGACAACGACUUCAACUGGCCCGGCUGGCACCCCGGCAGCGAGCCCGGCUUCGACCCGGACAUGCCCCACGGCGGCCACCCGUCCCUCACCGCCCUCAAAACCCUCUGCGAGAUCACCGUGGUCGACAUCUCCCGCGAGCGCGUCGACACGCGCAGCUUCGAAAACGACGGCUUCAUCGACUUCAUGCGCGUGCCCCAGCCCGCCUGGGCCAAGUGUCGCUGGAUCAACAUCAACGGCAUCAGCUGGGACGUUAUCCAGGCCGUCGGCAAGCACAAGAACCUGCACAAGCUCGCCAUCGAGGACAUCAUGAACAAGAUGAAUCGGACAAAGUGCGACUGGUACCCCAACCACGCCUUCAUGGUCAUGACUCUGCAGAAGCUCGUGCGCAUGGUCGACCCGGACUCGUCGUCCGACUCCGACUCCGAUUCCGAUUUCGACUCCGUCUUCGACGCCUCUUCCACGUCGUCCUCGUCUUCCUCCUCCAUGAAAUCCUUUCCCGGCCGCUCCUUUCGCCGCCUCGCGCGCGAAACCCGCCGCUUCUUCCGCGCCACCCGUCGCCGUCGCCCAUCCCUCAUCGACGCCGAAAAGGACGCCAUGGCCGCUGCCGCCGCCGCUGCUGCUGCCGCGGGCAGCGGCGUCCGCGUAUCCGGCACCGCGACCCCCAACAUGAACGUGCUGUCCGGCAUCGACGUCAUGCCCAACCUGCGCUCCCUACAGCGGUACCGCGCCUCCAACCUCGCCCGCUCCGAGUUCAUGGAGCGCCACUCCUCGCUCUCGAGCCGCGGGCUCGCCGUCUCCGCCGAGCAGGUCGCCAUCUUCCUCAACUCGGACAACACCGUCAUUUCCUUUUUCGAGCUCUCGGCCGACGACGUCGAGAAGCCCAUCAUCAAGCGCCUGUCCACCCCGGGCACCAUCCUGCGCCAGUCGUGCGACGCCUCCCUCAUCGUCCAGGCCAUCAUCGACGCCACCAUCGACUUGGCCGUGCCCCUCACCGCCCCCUCGGUCAAGCAGUCCCGCAGCCUCUAUAUCAUCAUUAGCGAGAUCAACAAGAUGCUUUCCUUCCUCAACCCCAUCGACAACCUCGUCUCCGUCCUGCGCGACCACCGCACCGACAUGUCCGAGGAGCAGGCCUCCGCCUCCGUCGUCCUGCAAAACACCGGUACCGGCGUCAUCGUCACCCCGCUGACACACACCUACCUCGGCGACGUGCUCGAUCAGUGUCUCGUCGUCGGCGAGGCUCUCCAGCAGAGCAAGCAGUCCGCCGAGAACCUCAUCAACCUCAUCUUCAACACCAUCUCCGCCGCCCAGAACGAGACCAUGAAGCAGCUUACCAACGCCACCAUUGUCUUCUUGCCCCUGACCUUUUUGACCGGGUAUUUCGGGAUGAAUUUCGAGCCUUUUGACGAGUUAUACCGCGGUACCACAUUUUUCUGGAUCAUUGCCAUUCCCACCGUCGCCGCCGUCACCCUCGUCCUCAUGAGAAGCUUCCUCUACUCCUGGGGCAACUCGUUUGUCCAGAGGCGGUACAUUGGCGCCUCGAGGAAGCAGACUAAGCGCCAGAAAAAGGCCUACAAGCGACGGAACCGAACGCAGCGAAUGUAG